AUGUCGUCCUCCUGCCCUGCACCGCCAACACCGGUACCGGUAUCAGAUCUGUUGACUCUCGUCAUAACGACGUCGCCGACACCCUCAGCCCCUUCAACCGAGCUCCUGGACGCGGUGUUCCAGUCCAUCCGCCUCCACUGCGGCGACCUCCUGGCAUGUCGCAUUAUCGUUGUCCUCGACACCUUUGAGCGCAUAGGUGAAGUUUCUAGGUUAAAGAAAGGCCAAGUUACAGGGGAAGGGGCCGAAGACUUUCGAAAAUAUAAAGAUAAUGUCAAAGGUCUUGUCUUGGGGGCGUACGGGCAUCGUCCAGACAUCAAGGAUGAGUUGGUUCAGGAGCAAGGCGAAGCCGAAUAUGGCUACAAUGGCAGAACGGCAUCCGCCACCACAAACAUGGCGACAUAUACCUUGAGCCGGACGCAAGAUUUCCAGGUUUCCUUCAUCGAGCCAUCGGAGAGGCUGGGCUUCGGAUUGGCUGUGCGAACGGCUCUGAGGAUAACGACGACGCCAUACGUGUGGAUCCACCAGCAUGACUGGACGCUCGUCCACGACAUACCCGUGGCACCGAUACUGGACGUCAUGAAGAACAACGAUGUGGAUGGAGAGGGGCCCGUGAAGUACGUCUGCCUCGCAUCGGUGCGGAUGCUUCAGUACGCCGAGACGGCUCACGUGCAAGACUUUGCGCAUUUGCGGGCGUUGACUGCCAAGCUCAAGAACGACUUCACCUCACACUCGUACCCCGGGACCAAGGUGCCGCUGACACCCAUGUUCUUCUGGCACGACAAACCGCACAUCGCCUCGACGCAACACUACCUGUCCCGGGUUUUCCCGACGCGGCUGGCAAUACCAAGGGGCGCCUUCAUCGAGGACACGAUCGGGCACCGCGCGAGAACGCAGAUGAAGGAACAGGGCAUGUGGGCGAGAUGGGGCUGCUGGCUGUUUUAUCCGGGCGAGGGCAGGCAGUUAUGUCUGAGGCAUUUAGAUGGCAGACGUUGGAGAGGCGCGGAGGCGGAAACUACUCUCAAGGCGAUGUAUAAACAGACAAGCAGAGGGUCAACACCAACACCAACACCAACACAUACGGAGGGUUGA